UAUCUCCCACAAGUCUUUAGAAAGUUGACCUGGAUUUGAUGCUCCGGGGAUUUAGUAAUUUAUAUUAUACGGUAUGCGGCCAGAGCUCACCUUUUAUGUGAUAUAAGCUCUUUAACCGAGACAAUCUGUGUCGUAUUAACGGCCCAGUUCAGCCAACCAUGUAUUUCUGAGGUAACACAGUCACGGCAUUAAGAACCCAGUGGUUGUCGCCUCAUAGAUCUCAUACAGAUAGAAAUAUGUCAUGCCUGGCUAUUUUUACAUUUUCAUCUUUGACGAAUAAAACCUGUUUCGGCAUAUGUGAAGCUCGACAACGAUCAAUAAGCAAUGUCGGACAUAAAGCCCUGGGCAUGGGUUAUCUUAGCAGCAUCUUUCGGCAGUAUGUUUUUCAACUCUUCAUUUUUCGCUGCUGGGGUUAUCCACAUUGCAUUAAUAGAAAGAUACCCAAAUGUUGAUGUUGGUACCAUUGCAUGGCUGGGAUCGCUGUUCUCUUGUAUGUUUGCACUAACAGUGUUUGUAGGGAGUAUAGUUAUAAAUUUGUUUAAUGCAAGAACUUGUGUUAUGUUAAGUGGUCUUCUAACUCUAGUAGGGUUUACAUUGAGCAGUUUUGUCAACGAUAUCAAGCUGCUAUUCGUCACAUACAGUUUAAUAGCAGGCAGCGGCCAAGCUAUGUCAUUCGCAGGUUCAAUGGUAACGCUAGCGUAUUAUUUUAAAGAAAAUACCAGUAUAGCUACGGGGAUAGCCACCAGUGGCUGUGGAUUAUGUACAUUCGUGUUUCCGCCUAUGACUCAGUAUUUCAUUGACACGUAUGGUCUCUCCGGAGCUUUUCUAUUUCUUGGUGGACUCGGGUUUCAGUCAGCUGUCUGUGGGGCUUUAAUGAAACCGACUGAAUAUGAAACUCGCCCCAACAAACUGUUGAAAUGUUUAAUUGCGUGCAGAAGAAAACAAACAAAGAAAAGCCUUAUAGAAAAAGAACGACGAAAGAAAAAUCUCAUAGAAACAAAUGACGAAAAAUCGUCUCGUUUUUUUAAUGAAAAGUUCAUACUUUUUACUUCCGCGCCGGUUUGGUUGCUUUUCAUAAGUUCUGCUGCCUUCCACAUGGCAUUAUCAACAGUGUAUUUAUUCCUUCCAGAUUAUUUUAAACAUCUUGGAUCAUCACCUCAAGAAUCAGCCUUUAUUCUUUCAAUAGCAGGAAUCACUGGAAUAUUCUCCAGAAUCUUGCUUGGAUUCUUGUCUGCAAGCGUGGACACCUCUCUUGUGUACGGUAGCACGUUUGGGAUAAUGGGUUUAAUAACGUUCUUUGUGAAUUUUAUGAGUUCUUUAGGAAGUAAGGUCACUUAUACUGCAUUACUUGGAUUUUACACGGGGGCUUGUUGGACUUUACAAUAUACUUUACUUGUGGACAUUCUAGGGGUAAAGCAUGCCUCGACUGGUUAUGGUAUUAUGAUGUUCUUUAGUGGUAUGGGGUAUCUAUUGGGACCACCGUUUGCAGAAAUGGUGGCAGUCUGGUUCCAUGAUUACUAUUUUGCAUUCGUUUUUGCUGGUGUUUGUUUUAUGGUAGCCGCCAGCACCGGAUUAAUGAUAAGAACAAAAAACAAUAAAAUACUUCUAUUAUCCGAUACCGAAAUAAACGACGAUGAAAAGGACAAAUGUCUGUUGGCACCCGAGAAACAUAUAAUCAGUGAUGAAAAGUGGGUUUUAAAACAGUUGAUUACGUCAGUAUAGAUAAACAAACUGUGAUAUAUGAAAGAGCAAAAAACAAUAUUUGUUAUCAAUAUUCAAAGAUGACGAAUGUGAAAAAGAAACAGAUAAAAACAAGACCUGUGAUAUUUUGUUAAGAAAAUAUAUGUUAUGUUUAUA